AUGAUCGACUUACCACCUAUACCAACUUUGAAAAUUGAAUAAUAAGUUGCAGGUGAAAAUAAAUGGACUCAAACUUAAAAUUGUAACUCCCUAUAAUAAAAUGUAGAUAAUAUAAAGCAUUAAAAGUAAAUAGCGAUUAUAUCAUAGGCAAAACUUAAAUCUAAAAGUAGGUGAUAUUAUCUAUUUUAAAUCUUAUUUGAGUGAUGAUUUUAAGGGAGUAAUAUCUGGUGAUGGAAUUGCAAGCAAUAAAUUAGAAUGUGUGUAUAUAUUAGGAAAAAAUAAAUUGCAAGAUAUCUAAUCACAAAAAAGCUUAUAGUUUAAAGUAGGGAGCCUAUCUUUCUAAAAAUGUUUAUUUUAAAUAAUUACAGGAAAAAAAUACUUAUAUUAAAAUUAAUAUAAGAUAUAAAAAGAGAAGCCUGUGGAUUAAAGGAUUAUUACUGAAGAAUAAACAUAGCCUUCCGAUAAUGAUUAAAAAUUAGAAGAAUUUAAAAAAAAGUGCGAUGAUGAAAUAAUAGAGAAUGGAAAAUUCUAUGAAUAUUAAAAAGGAUCUAAUAUAGUUUAUGGUUAAGAAAUAUAGCUAUUACAUAUUUAUUCAGGAUGCACAUUAACUCUGAAAAGCGGCAUUUUAGCAAAGGAAAAUUGUUGUAGAGAACUAUCCUUAGAGGAAAAUUCAAAUUAAUAUUCAAACUUUAGAAUUUUAUCAAUGAAUUCUGUAAAAAAUAUAGGUGAACCAAUAUUGUAUGGAGAUUAAAUUAUUGUCUAAAAUUGUAUUUAAUCACAAUGGAAUUUAAGUGUGCAAAUGUCAUCUGAUAAUGUUUUUAAGAAAGAUGGACUUGAAGUAAAUGCAUCAGAAUAAGCUUAUCCAUUAAAAAUUUCAAGUUACAUUGACAAUAAAACAGAAGAAGAUAUUAAUAAAUAAUAAAUUAAGGGAAAGUAUUUACAGAGUGGUGACGUUUUAACCAUAAAGAACAGGUAUUUGGGAGGAUACUUAUGUAUUAAGAGAAUAAGAAGAAUUACUGAUGAAUUAGAUAAGAAAGAAUUAAUUAUAAAUUAUUCUGAAACUAAUAUAUAAUAUUCAAUAAAUCAAUAUUAUUUUGAUGUGGAUAAAAUAAGAAAUGAAAAAAUUAAUUAAAUGUAUUAAUUAUAUGUUGAUACUACAUAAGAUGCAGAUGAAAAUUUAAACUGUUUAUGGUAAAUUUAGCAUGUUGAUAGUUUAAUAUAUUAAAAGUCAACUUAUGAAAGUGUAUUUUUGAUAAGACAUGUUUGUACUGGAUUAUUUUUAUAAAUAACAAAUAACGAAGUUGGAUUAACUUAUGAUGGAUUAAAGAUGGAAUGCCAAUUUAAUCUUAAAUCUAAAAAAUAAUCAAUUGAUCCAAUUUCUUAUAGUGAGACAUUUAAAAUAUAAUCAGCAAUCACAAUAUCAAUUGAUAGUCAUUAAACAUAAGAAGGUGUAGUUUUAGUUUGCUAAGAUGAUAAGAAAGUUGCGGUGUAAAGAAAAAGUUAAAAAUAAAAAAUUGAAAAAGCAACUUUUUUAUUGAAGCCAACAUCUUAGGAACUCUAGAAAACAUCAUUAAGGAUUAAUUCUCUUCAAGAAUAUUUAAUUUAGUUUUACUUAUUUUUAUAAGAUUGGGGUAUAGUAAAAUCUAUUGAUAAAAAUUAAUAAGAAAAGCGAAAAUAUGAAUAUUAUGAAGCUUUCAAUAAUCAAAAAUUAUUAUUUGAUGAAAUCUUAUAAUUAUAUUAAACUUUGUAAAAUUUAAAUUUGUAUUUAAAAAAUGAAGGAUAGCCUUAAUCUAGCGAAUAAUAAUAAUGCAAAUAAAAUACAUUAAUGGAUAAUGAUAUUAUUAAUUUACUUUUUGCAAUUUAAGGAUUAUGCAACUGUAUGAUCUACGGAAAUAAUAAUAUUUUAUUUGAUAAAAGCCCUUAAAUAAUUGCCAAAAUGAAAUUAGAAUCUCAAAAAAAGAAUUGCAUUACAGAAAUCUAUUCUUUUUUGAGUCUCUGUGUUUAAAGUAAUCCAAAAACAAGUAAUUAUGUAUUAAGUUUGUAAAUGUAUAAUGAGAGUAUAUUAGUUUUCUUGCUUUAACAAUUAGAGCAUUAGAGAGAUGGCGUUUCCAAUCUAAUAAAAGAAACUGUGCGUUAUACUGAUAAGACUGAUAUAAAAACUAGCUUAGAGAAAUGGGUUAAUUAACUCUAGCCAAUAACUGAAAAAAAUAUUGAGGAUCAAGCACUAUAUAUUGAAAUAAUAAGUUUGAUGAUGAUUGAUCCUUAUGAAAAUCCAAAAUCUUUUUCUUAAAACUCUUGUAGAAAAUUAUUAUUUGGAAAAAAGCAUCAUUCUGAUUAAUCUUUUCCUUUUUCUAAGGCUUUAAUUGCAUUGGAUAUUUAAGAAGAAAAUAACAAUUAUUAUCCAUAUGUUCUAUUUUCUCCAAAAAGAGAAAAAGGAACACUAUUAUAAUUAUCAAAUUAAUUUGGAGAAAAUAAUCCAAUUUUUUGUCAAUUAUAUUUAAGGUUUGUUGAAAAAUAGAUCAAAAAUAGUAAUAGAUUUAAGAAACAAAGACCUCCUUUGGUAGAUGUUACGAUUGAUUUCUUUACUACUGAAACAUUAAAGGAAAAUUAAUUGGUGAGAUAAGAAGAAUAUAAAAAAGUAGUACCAAUAUUUUAGAAAUAUGAAAAUUAUUUAAUGAACGUAAUGGAUUUAUAUUCAUCAUUAUGUAAGGGAAGAAAUUAAAAAAGUAUCAAAUGUUUAAUGAAAAAUUGUUUUUUAAAUUAAAAUUUUUUCGAAAUCUGUUUGAUAAGCCAAAAAUAAAUAAAAACAGGACUUAGAUUUGAGAGAACUUUAAUAGAACUAUUUUGUAAUUUAUAUUUAGAUAUUGAUCCAUUAAUAAAAAUUUCAUAGUUUGAUAAUAAAUGCUAUUUGAAUGAUGAUUUAGAUUAAUUUGACAUUAAAAAUUAAUCAGGGAUUUAUUUUUAUGAAAAAAAUGCUUCAAAAUAAUUGAAACGAAACGAAGAAUAUAAGAAAUUUUUAAAUUCAAAUAGAGCUUAAGCAAAACAUCAAUAUUUGAAAUUAUUUGCAUAGAAAAUGCUAUCUAGAAAGUAAAUAAAUGAUGUUAGAAGUUAUUAUUUAUAAAUAUUUGCUUAAAUACCUUAUCCAGAUCAUUUCAGAGUUUUAGAAUUUAAUAACAAUAUAUUUUAACCAUCUAAAUCAAAUAUAGAAUAGAUAAAUAUUGACUAUAAAAGAUUAGCAAAUUAUUAAUUAAAAUACUUUUUGGGAAUUCUAUAAAUAAUAAAAAACAGUAUUGAUUUAGGAUAUAAUAAUCUGUAAGAAAAUUACAGGAUUUUUUCAAUAUUACCAAACAUGUUUGUUGCCUUAAUUUUACAAUAAAGAUAAGAUAAUAAGAUUUAUAAAUUCAAAGAUAAUGAAAGUUUUGAAUCUAAUUUAUUAAAUUUAAAAAAAUCUAUUGAAAAUAAUUUAUGGGUCAAUACCUAUUUACAACCUACUUAAGAAUAAUCAGAAAAUAUAAUCAGCCAGAAGUGGUUUCAUUAAGUAAUUAAAUAAGAUAUUCAAUUUUAACGAAAUUGGAUUCUUUAAUUUUUGAUUUGGACAUUUUAAUAUUGUGAUGAUGAAUUAUUAAAAAUGAAAAUUUAUUUAGAAGGUCUUUAAAUUUAAAAAUUUUUAGUCUCUUAAAAUUGA